GGUUAAUCAAGUUCAUUUAACUGAUAAAAAGGAUUUAAACCUGACCGUCGUGUGGGCCAUAGGUGCUUAUCCUCUUGAGAGCAAAGAUCAUGAACUGGAAAUGGUUUUGUUUGUUCCGAUACGAGAGAAUGAGAGAGAUCCUAAUAUUCAGUCGAUUUUUAUAAAGGACGAGUAUUAUAGAGUUGGCGGAAAAGUAGUGCCUGAUAUUAAUAAUGACAAUUUUAAACUAAAAAGAGUGGAUAGUGUAACAGAUAGUUAUGCGGAGUAUGCCAAUUCGACUGCUAGCAAUUAUUAUUCAUCAAGGCAUGUUAGAGUAGACGACGAAGCAGACGAUCAUGUUAAGUAUGUUGAUUCGCAUUACGAUGAAAAUAAGCAUACGAUUGAACAUAAUAAGGAACAUACGGAAAAAAGUGAUAGAUGCGGAGAAAACAUUAUCCUCGAAAAUGAAGGGGAGGCAAGUCACCUUAAAAAGACAAAUAAGAGUAAGGAAAAGGAGUUUCAACCUAUAGUACAUAAUACAAGAUGUCAAACUAAUAAAGCCAAAUAA